CAACAGUAACCAACGCUCAGUCGCCAGCUGGUGGCCGACCAGGGCGGUCACGUGUGUCUGCGCGUCGCGUAACCACGUGCGUGUGUGUGUGUGCUCCGUCGGGGAAGCGGUGCAUUCUCGGGGGCCUGUGCCCCAAAAAUACCGUGGACCGCGCAACGCGCAACGACGCGCAGAAGUGCGCGGCCGAGUGCGGAGCGGUGAUCGUCGCCGUCGUCGCCUACGUGGUUCUCGUGGCAAUCUCGUGAGAGAAUGGCCGUUGCUGGCUGGCAAAAUUCGCUAAUAGUACCCCCCCGGUAACCCCCCCGUUGCGUGGGAGCACAAAGGCAGGCGAAGAGGAAGAAUGUCGUCGGUGUUCUCGAAGCUGAUCGACGGCGCGUCCGCGCGCUACGGCGUGCGCCAGGAGACAUUGACGCGUGGCGUCGCCGGAGCCGCCACGGCGCUCUACCUGCUCAAGCUCACGUACCCGCACAUUGUCAGCCACGUUCUGAAGCGGUCGUCCAAAAAGAAGCAUCACCAUCCGGAUCACAAUGAGAACACCGUCCUCCCGAGAAACGAGGACAGGAGUCCCGACAAGGCGAAAAACAGUGCCGGGUCACCGAACGACGCAGGGAAGAACGGACUGUCGGUCGGACUGGACCGCAACUUCCUGCGACAGCUGAUCAUGCUGCUGAGGAUCAUGGUGCCGCGCUGGAGAAGCCGCGAGGCGGGCCUGCUGGCGUGCGCGACGCUGACGCUGCUGGCGAGGACCUUCCUCUCGGUGUACGUGGCCGAGCUGGAGGGCCAGAUCGUCAAGAGGAUCGUGCUGCGCGACGUGCGCGGCUUCGGGCUGAUGCUCGCGCGAUGGUUCGCCAUCGCUCUGCCCGCGACCUUCGUCAACUCCGUGAUCAGAUACCUCGAGGGCCGACUGGCGCUUAGCUUUAGGGAACGUCUGGUGAAGCACGCUUACAAGAUGUACCUGAGUCAGCAAACUUAUUAUAGAGUAUCAGCUUUAGAUACGAGGCUCGGCGGUGCCGAGCAAAGACUGACGGAUGACCUGUCCGAGCUAGCCAGUUCCGUAGCACAUCUAUACUCUAGUUUAACUAAACCGCUGCUAGACUGUGCCUUAGUUGGGAUUGCGCUUAUUUCAUUCUCACAUAAAAUGGGGGCAAAAACAAUACCAGGUAAUUUAUCAGGACCAUUACUAGCAGCAGCAGUAAUUACUUUAACUGGCCAAGUUUUACGUCUCGCAUCGCCGAAAUUUGGCCAAUUAGUUGCGGAGGAAGCAACGCGGCGUGGAAAGUUGCGAGAAGCUCAUGCCCGUAUUAGCGCUCAUGCUGAAGAAAUCGCGUUCUACGGGGGCCAUGAUACCGAGCAUCGCUAUUUGAAUACCGCUUAUAAGUCUUUGGUGACACACUUGCAGCGUAUCCUCGCCGUGAAGCUAUGGUACGUGAUGCUGGAGCAAUUCCUCAUGAAGUACGUGUGGUCCGGGACCGGGCUUUUCGUUAUCGCCAUGCCGUUGCUCUACAACACAACUGCGUCAUCGAAAGGAACGAUUAACUCAGACGGUGAUGGUGGCGUGAGUGAGCGAACGAGAUAUCUGACUACUUCAAAAAACCUCUUAAGCUCCGGAGCGGAUGCUGUCGAGCGACUGAUGUCAUCUUACAAAGAAUUAGUUGCCCUGGCCGGAUACGCGGCGCGCGUUAGCGAAAUGCUGGACGUUUUCAAGGAUUCUGCGCUUUGUAAGUACAAGAGAAACGUCGUCAGUAGCAGUCCUUCGAAAACUCUUAUGAACGGUAAUGCACAACAAUACGUAGAAAAAAUCAUUGAGUUCGAUAAUGGUACUCCAGUGAUAAAAGGAGUUGUCGAGGAAAGCACGGAUGGCAGCAUAAGUUUAGUUAACGUGCCGAUUGUUACGCCUAAUUGCGAGAUUAUCGUGCAUAGUUUAACAAUCAACAUAAAACCAGGUGACCAUCUCCUGAUCACCGGGCCAAACGGCUGCGGCAAGAGCUCCCUCUUCCGCAUUAUAUCCGGUCUUUGGCCUGUUUAUGACGGAACUCUCAUCAGACCAGCGGAGAGGAGUUCCUUUGAACAUGGUAGGCCCGCACUAUUCUAUAUCCCACAGAAGCCCUACAUGACCGUAGGUUGUCUUCGAGACCAGAUCAUCUAUCCGUCACACACGAGACGGGAAAACUACUCGGAUGAAGAACUCCUGCAGUUGUUGGACGACGUGGACUUGCGAAGUAUCGUGGAAAGAGAACCGGAAGGUUUCGACGCCCUUGGAGACUGGGACUCGACUCUGUCGGGUGGCGAGAAACAACGACUCGCCAUGACUCGUCUGUUCUAUCAUGCCCCGCAGUACGCUUUGUUAGACGAGUGCACGAGCGCCGUCAGCCUCGAAGCUGAAGGGAUAAUGUACGAAACCGCAAAGAAGAAGGGCAUCACCCUGUUAACUAUCACUCACCGAGUGGCGUCACUCGCCAAGUAUCACAAGCUGUUGCUGAGAUUUGACGGAGAGGGCGGGUGGACCUUUGGACCGCUCGACAUAGAUGGGUUAUCAAUAUCAUCGAGUCGGGAAGUAAAUAAAGAAGAGGAAGAGUGCGAAGAGGCGAAAACAAUCCACUAUCAAAUGCUACAUGAAUUGCGUGAUAUACAUCCUGGGGACACUUACGUAGGAAUUAGUUGAAAAUUCUGCACUCUAUGGGAUUUUAUAAUAUAUAAAAGAUAUUAUAGAUAUCUUUAUAUACAUAUAGGCAACAAUACAAAUACGAAAUAUAUCCUUAUAUUACAUCUCGUAUCUGUUUCAUAUACAGAAUAGCAUACGUUUUCUGUUAUCCUAUCGCAUAUUCUGUAUUACAUAAAAUAUGAAACAGAUACGAGAGAUAUAUUAUAAUACAAAAUAAUAAAUAGAUAAAUUAUCGUGUACAUACAUUUUAGGGUUGCGGACCAUACAAGAAGCUUGGAAAUUAAUUGUAUACAAGUUUUUAGAAAAAAAUGUAUGCAAUGGACAUUGACAGUAAAUUCUUUAAACAGAAAGCAUCAUAGUCAUACAGGAAAGACGCUUACAUCGACUUUCCGUCAGCUCUGACAAUACUACAAACUAUUUAUACACUUUGUUGAAUAAUAAAAUAAGAGAAAUAUGUAUUGUGAUAAAAAAAAAUUUUUUUGAAAAAAACUUAUUCACCAA